GAGCACCACCAGUGUUCUAGGGCCUCACUGGCAGCUGGUCAGAAGCUGGGCUGCCGACCCUGCUGGGCUGGUCCGUCUCCAGCAGACCCUCAGUGCCGGCUGCAACCCCAGUCCUUUACUGCAGAUGCCCUCCUUGGCAGGCUUGACUCUUGCUUCUGGGACCUUCCCAGUGUUUAGUAGCUCUGCUGGGGUUUUGUGUCUCACCUGUGCUUCUGUGGGAAAGCAAGCCCAAGUUCCUUGUUCCCUUCUUGGCUCUGGUUCUCAUGAACCAUAUGUACAUUUAUGCAGCAUCUCAGCAGAACAGGUUGAUCAGAAUCACCUAGCCCGUCACUGUGAGAAGACGCGACAUCAAUUUUUAACUCUUACCAACUCUUCUGUCCCGAUUGCUUCUUUUAUCUCUGCUUAUUAUUUUGCUUGUGGUGCCAAGAUCCUGUCGAAUCAGUCUGGAGACAUUAAUCUGAACACUUUAAGUUAUCGGAAAUAUCUUUUUUUCCCCAUUAAUGGAUAUGGGUAGCUGGCGUGAGCUCACCUGCUCUUAUGCAGGUGUUUUUUGGCAAGCCUGUGGUGAAGUUGGUGGGACUGACGUCUGAUCUGUGUGGCCGGAGGACUUGCGUCCAGCCAUAGCAAAGCGGUGGAAGCAAAUGUGUCGUUUUCCUCUCAUGACCCUGUGGAACUUUGGGACGGGUUAGCAUCGAGGGCAGUGUCCGGGAGGAAGCUCAGCACCUGGUGCGGGUCCUCACACAGACAGAGGGUGGGUUUGCAUCUGGUGGGAAGUUAGGGUUACCUCCCUAUGCUUCCCUGAGCCCCGGCACCACCCUGCUGGAACCAUCUUCCCUCAUUUUUAUUUGGAAAGUGUAGACCACUCAUGAAAGUUUUCCUUGAGUUUGGUAAUCGUCCCUCCUACCAGCUGAGCCCAUGGACCCUGCCUGCAUCCUGGCUGGCUCUCCCUGCAACACAAUCUGCUUCAUCCUCUUUAAGGAGCACGUCAACUAUCAAGACGAGGAGUUCCUGAAUCAGAUUGGGUUGUUGAAUGAAAACGUUUCCAUAUUAAGCUCUUUCUGGGCCCAGGUAAAGCCAAUUGUCUCUGCUUGUUGGAUUACCUGCCACUGGUGUCAGGGGUGAGCCCGCGUGCAGAGUUCCACCGUGGGCAACAGGGAGGCAGCGGCCCAGGGUGCACCUGAGAUGAUGGAGGGCAGCUGUGGAAAAGUGAUAGGGCCACUUAUGUAACACAGCUGAAAGCCCGUUGGAGAGGCAGUCAGGCUGCCCUCUGCCAACACGUCUCUUCUGACGUGCCGACAGAGGCUGCAGCCCGCUCGGGGUCCUGCAGCCAGAAAUGGGAAGGGGCUGCAGAGGGUAGGGUCCCCCUUAACAGAGAUGCUUCAACGCCUCACAACCUGUCUUCGCUUUUGAGUCCUGGAGGCGGAAGGAAGGGUGUGGCUUUUCCCUACAAUUUGUGGCCAUUGCUCAGUCACUAUCUUCCUGGGAGACACCAGAAUAUUUUUAAAACACUCAGAAUAUAAGAAAUUUCAUUUUGGAGAGAGUAGUACAGCAUCAAGGGGCUCUGGAGUCUGAGCGGCCCUGGGACUACGUCGACCGCUUCCUCAACAUUUUGGAGGAGGUGCGUGUGGAAGACCCCCCCGUGCUGCAUGGGCAGCUGCGUGGCCCUCAUUGCAUAGAUGUUGCCUGGGCUCCGUGCACGCAGGUCCAGGUCUGACGCCCCUUGUCUGGAAGACCCCAGGCCUCCAUGGUGUGUUUCCCCACCACUGGGCUGACAUGUGGAGCGCGUACCUUUCCCUCAUUAACUGCCUGAUGGUUCAGUGUUUACUCAGCACUUGCUCGGCAAAGUGACCUGACUGAGACCAUCCCUCCUGCCCCCCAGGAGCCCAUGGACCAUCACAGAACUGCAGGUAAAGUGGCUGGUAUUCAGGGUGACGGUUGGAACCAUUGCUACUUUGGGAGCACAGGUCGCCUGUCUCUAAUCCCUGGACAGAGCCCACCAUGGGACAAUGAAUAAGGGCCUGGUGGCUAACGUGUGUGUGUGUGCGUGUGUUUAUGCACAAGUGGGCCCUGUUUUUACCUUUUCUUCAAGACUACGUCCAAAGCACAACAUCUUAAAGUAUAUUUUCCACUAUGCAAGAUGUUACAACUAUUAACCUCUUUGCUGAUUACAAAAGGCAUCAAGUGAAAAUCACUUAGGCAAAAAAAAAAAAAAAAGGGCAUAAAAUAACCAUUCAUAUACGCCAUAAACAUUCCACCUCCUAAGGACUUAUUGUCCUUUCUAACCCACAUCUGUGUGUGUCUAAUAGAGGACUUAUGAUGAAAUCAUGUAACUGAUUACUCCACUAUCUACAGGGAAACCGACCCAUAUUCUGAAUUUAAUGUUGAGAACCUAGCAGCUGUUGGCUCUAACCUGUUCAGCGCUGGCCCGGAGACGGUCAGCAGCACACUGUGGCUGGCCCUGCCAAUCUGGCUGAAGCACCCAGAGGUGGAAGGUAGAGUCCACAAGGAAAUCAACAGAGUGGUUUCCCCUGCAUGAGCGACAGUGCCUGGAUGCUCUACACAGACGCCGUGGUGCGUGAGCUCCAGAGAUACGUUAAUCUCGUCCUGCCCAAUCUGCCUCAUGCCGUGACUCAGGACACCUAGUUCAGACAGUGCUUCACUCGUAAGCUGUGUGUAGAGAGCCUCACACAAGAGAAUCCAGGACCUGGGAGCAAGUCACCGCAGUCCUGUCAUGACUGGUCCAUUGGCCCUCUCUCCCAGCUGUCCUCCCACAGUCCUCGUUGCGUUUCCAAGAGCAGCAGAACAUGCAGAAUUCAUCUCUGGGGUUGGUGUCGUUUGAGGAUGUGGCUGUGAACUUCACCUGGGAGGAGUGGCAGGACCUGGAUGAUGCCCAGCGGACCCUGUACAGGGUCGUGAUGCUGGAGACCUACAGUAGCCUGGUGUCACUGGGGCACUGCAUUACCAAACCUGAGGUGAUCGUCAAGUUGGAGCAAGGAGCAGAGCCAUGGACAGUAGAGGAACCCCUAGAGCAGAGCCUCCCAGAUGUCCAGACUGCAGGUGACCUGAUGGAGACUGGCCAGGAGUAUCAGAGCAGACUUUUGUGGCAAGUUGGAUUGGCCAACUAUGAAACGUCAACGAAGGAGAGAACCAGUUUGGGAAAAACACUUAAUUUGAGUGCAGCCGACGUUUCAAAACUGAUUGUAAAUAACAGAAGCUACUCAGGAGUGAAGCCAGAGUUGUGUAAUGUGUGUCAGAACACGUUUCUCCCUGGUGAGCCUGGUGGGAUGCGUGUUGGAGAGAAUGCCGAGGAAUGUCAUACAACUGGGAGCCCCCUCAGGUGUGCCGAGUGUCCUAGUUGUCAUCUGAGGAAUCAGACUUUGUGGCAGCCUCUUGAAUUUAGUGGGCAAGGGAAAGACUUCAACAAGGGGGCAACACUCUGUACCUGUAGGAGAGCUCACAUGGGAGAGACUGCCUGUAGGUAUAAUGAACAUCGGGAAGCCUGUGGUAAGUCAGCUGUCACUGCCCAAGAGAGAACUCACAUAGGGGAGAAUCACUGUGGAUGUAACAAAUGGAGGAACACUUUUUGUGAGAAACCAACACAGUUGAAUCUUGGUCUAGCCGAUUUCGAGGAGCAACGCCAUAAACAUGAUCAAAGUGGGGGUAAUUUCAGCAAGAAAUCACACCUCGCUCAGCUUUCGAGAACUCCGUUAGAAGAGAAAACUUUUGAAUGUGAUGUAUGUGCUAAAACUUUCUACAAGAGGUCUAAUCUCAGUAAACAUCGGAAAAUACACACAGGAGAGAAACCCUAUAAAUGUAGCGAGUGUGAGAAGACCUUCAUUAGUAAAACAGUUCUUACAGUACAUCGGAGAACUCAUACAGGGGAGAAGCCCUAUGCAUGUGUCGAAUGUGAGAAAUCUUUCUGCCAUAAGUCACACCUGACUGUUCAUCAGAGAAUCCACACAGGGGAAAAACCGUAUGAAUGUUAUGAAUGUGGGAAAUCCUUCCCUGUGAAAACAAAACUCACCGUACAUCUGAGAACACACACAGGGGAGAAGCCCUAUGAAUGUAAUGAAUGUAGGAAAUCCUUUUACCAGAAGUCAGCCCUCACCAUACAUCAGAAGAUUCACAAUAGGGAGACACAUCAUGAAUGCAAUAACUGUGGUAAGACAUUCCAUAAGAAGUCAGUUCUCACUGCACAUCAGAGAACUCAUACAGGAGAGAGACCUUAUGAAUGUAAACAAUGUGGGAAGUGCUUUGGCCAUCGCCCAGCUCUCACUGUACAUCAGAGAACUCACACAAGAGACAAACCUUAUAAAUGUAACGAAUGUGGGAAAUCCUUUUGUGUGAAGCCAAAACUCACUGUGCAUCUGAGACUUCACACAGGUGAGAAGCCCUUUGAAUGUAAGGAGUGUGGGAAAACUUUCUACCAGAAGUCCAAACUCACUGUACACCAGAGAACUCACACUGGUGAGAAACCUUAUGAAUGUAAUGAAUGUCGGAAAACCUUUUGUGAGAAGUCAACCCUCAAUAGGCAUCAGAGAACUCACAGGGGAGAGAAACCUUAUGGAUGUAAAGAAUGUAGGAAAACUUUCUACCAGAAAUCAGCCCUCACUGUUCAUCAGAGAACUCACACAGGAGAGAAACCCUAUGAAUGUAAUGAUUGUGGAAAAACCUUCUGUCAGAAAUCACACCUCAGCAAACAUUUGAGAACUCACACAGGGGAGAAGUCAUGUGUGGCAGAGACUGGCUGUAUGUAUACCAAAACUCACUUUCUCUUUGUGUUGGGCACACAGUUAGCCUACAUUUCUCAGCCUCCCUUUGUUGUGGGUGGGACCAUGUAACUGAGUUCUGGCCAAGAGAAUAUGAACACACAUGAUGAACAGUACUUCUAAGCCUGGCCACAAAAAAAACCAAAAACCAAAAAAACAACAGGCAUUUGCUGAGUUUUUUUAUUCCCUGUGCUCCUGAAGUGCAGAUGACACACAGGUUUGUCUUCAAAGCCAUAGAGUGAAGAUUGCAACCAUGACCUCAGGCAGAAAUAAUUGAUUGUGGAGGGCAGAAAUCUUUCCAUCUCUGCCUCAGAAAUCCUCACUUGUACUUUACCUGAGUGAGAGCCCUUCUAUGUGUGACCUGACUACAGCACUACCAAUCCAUUGUAGCCAGUUCACUUUAUGAAUUUGUGAAUUUGUGGCAGGCUUCUGUUGAAGUUACCAGUCCUUGUGUAGGAAACUCACAGAGGAAAGAACCUGUGUUUUCAUCUUUCAACCCUAAGUCAGAAAUCAUAGGAAGAAAUAAUGCAGUAAAUGUCGGAAUACCUUUAUUGGUCAGAGAUAGCUCAUUGAACAGUGAGAAUAAAGUAAAACCUGAUAAAUACC